CUUGACCCGCCCCUCCUCAGCAGCUGUGCCUCGGUGUCUGUGGGAUGCUGUGCUGACGGACGGGGCUGUUUUUCGGUGCAGUGCCGUGGAGUGAUACAGCGAGACCUACGGGACACAGUGGGCGCGCACUGGUAUAGUUACAAACGUAUAAAAACCCUUUGAAUCUUUCAAUUUUAGAAGCAAAAUGGAUUUAGUGUACACCAUCUAACGUCAACGGCAUUGCAGCCUCUCCGUGCUACCUGCCGCGCGGACAUCUUGUUUCUGUCAUUUCAGUAUACCGGAGUUUAGAGACGUAUUUUGAGUUAAUUUUGGGCCCAGGCUCAAAUUGUAUUGUAGUGGAGCUCUCUACGGUCCACCAUGGCGUGGCCCUGUAUCAGCAGGGCGUGCUGCAUGGCCCGCUUCUGGAACCAGCUGGACAAGGCUGACAUUGCGGUGCCUUUGGUCUUCACCAAGUACACGGACGUCUCCGAGAUGCAGCACAUCCAGCUGCAGCCGCCGCUCCACCCUACCCGAGGCCGGGUCGCCAUAGAAACGCAGCCGUCCCGCGCGGAGGCCAGCGCCAGCGCCAGGGCAGCGGUGCGGCCGCCGCGCAGGUGCGUCUCCGAGGAGCGCGUGUGCGGCUCGGUGAUGCGCGAGGACUUUAAGCAUUGGAACGUGCGACCCGAGACGAGCUGUAAACCCAAGUACGAGUACCACGAACCGGAAACGCCGUUCAACUGCGAGAGCCAGUACCAGAAGGACUUCAAACCCUGGCCGAUCCCGAAAAGGUACGACCAUCCCUGGAUACCCAAACCGCCUGCCUCCGAUGACCGGGCCCCGGAGAGGUCCCGGCACAAGAAGCAGCCGGCGGAGGCGGACAGCGGCGUGGAGAAGAGUGCUAUCGCCGACAAGGUGCAGGAGAAAGACCUCGUGCAGGGGCCGGACAGGAAAAAGAAGUCCAGUAAACAGGAGGCACAGAAGAAAGUGGCCCUGAAGGUGGAAGGAGAGGCCAAAGGGAGGGCGGCGGCCGAUGCUGUGAACAGGCAGAUCAAGCAGGAGAUUGCGGGCGACAGCUUGUACAAAACUGAGUACAUGGCUUACAGAGACGUGAAGCCCACAAAGAUGAUCCGGGCGAGGUCCCAGUACCUGCCCCCGGAUGAGAAGACCAGCCUGGAGACCAGCUACAGUGCCACAUACAAGGGCCAAGCCCCGCUGAGGCCUGCUGGCAACAAGGCGCUGGACAGGAGGAGGAUACGCAGUUUGUACAGCGAGCCUUACAUAGAGCCCAUCAAACAGGUUGACAGAUACAGUGCCCUUCGCACUAAACCCAAAAGGCCUGGAGCCACUGCAGCAGCCCAGGCCAAGCAAGCGAAGAAAGCCAAAGAUAAGCAAAGCGCCGGGCUGAGGGGCUCCAAAAAGACGGCCUCGGAGAACCAGCUCGAGAACCAGCCUGCGGUGGGGGACAAGGAGAAAAGGUCGUACUAAAACAGUACCACUACAUACAACUCUGCCAGCCAAUCCGAGAUAUUGGCUGGGUGCAGACUCUAAAGCAACACCUGUGGGGCUGUGCGCUACCCAAUCCAAGGUAACCGACCGCAAGAGUAACGAAAGGGAAGCCGACCGCGCGCCGCAAAUGCCACUCAUUCCCAUUCAUAUAUGCUCCUGGAGUAUUUUUCAUCGCAUUACCUCGAGUCCUAGUUCUGUAUAUUUCUCUUCCAUAUGGACACUAUCUGACUGCCUACUGUCACAUCCUACAUGUAAGGCUUCAUAAGGUGACAGUUCUUAAGGAGGCCCCAGGUUUAGUCCGGACAUCACCCAACCUUUGACCUCUGUUAGCUGCCAAAAUGCAAAAACACUCUUAAAGGGCCAGUGUUUAGCCUUUCUAUUGGCAGAGAUAGAAUUUGUAAUACGGUUGAGACCACUUUAAGUGAUUUCGUGAUUAUUAGAACAUUUUAUCUUGAGCUUGUUUGACGUAGUGGAAAAGAUUUGGUUGAGUAUUGUCCGAGUUUCACUUUGGGGGGGAUUAUGUGAUUGACCAGGCAUGACUCAUCGACUCUACAUCGGGGCGGGAUUGCAACCUUGAGUGCUUUACCUGCAGCAUUUCUUUUUUUCAUACAGAGAUAACUCGAUGAAAGAGUAAUUUCUUUUUCCCCAAUUUCAAUGCGCUGUCAGUCCCAGUGAGCGGGUAGAUUACAGAGAGGCAGAGUAUCAUGGGUGUAAAGUAACAUACCGAAAAAACUUGAGCAUGAGCACACUGUACUUUUAAAAAUGUUUUAUGUACAAAUAUGUUAUCAUGUACAAAUAUAUUCCAAAUCGAUUCAAAAUGUAUUACCAUUAGCAAAUGAUUGAACCAGCAUUUGUAUGGGAAUUAUUCUAUACCAAGUUUUUGUGAUGCAAAUAAGCAGUUGAUCAUCAGUUGAUAUCAGUAAAUCUAUAUUUUAGUGUAUAAUCACCUGAAAAAAUGAGUUGUAAUGAGUGUUUUCGUUUUGAAUUAACCGCAGGGCACUCAAAAGCAGGCUCGCUAGAUGCCACUAGAUCUUACACACUGGCCCUUUAAAACAAAUUGCAUGACUGUUGAAUUAUUGGACUGUUAUAAGUGGAAAUCACUAUUUCAUUCAUUUACGAGGCGGGGCACUUUGAAACCGCCGCACUUUGCAUCCUAGCUUGCCAUCCGUGGGUGGACCUCUGUGUUGUCUCUAAAGCAUGCUUCCACCGUUUUCUGUUGGACCUGCAAUCCAAUGUUGGAUUUAGGGAUUUGGGGUAGACUUUGAGUGUUGGAUAUAAGACGAGGGGUAAGUAUGAAUGGAAUGAGGAAAGCUUUGGAAACGCACAGUUCAAAAGGACGUUGUAAGUGCAUGUUAAUGAUAUUCACUCUGAUUUGUGCUGUUGUUAUAUUAGCAUUCAAAUGUGUAUUGCAUCUUGUAGAUCAUUCUGUCACAGAAGCCAGAAGACAACCUGUAGUUCAUAACAUCAUGGUGACACAAGUAUAGAUUUUAGAGCCAAGGACCUGUACUGAUCGAAAUGCAAAGCUGUUCAACUACAAAUUGACUAAAAGCUUUGAUGUACACGUGCAUCCCCAAACCACAGCGGCGUGUAAAGUCCUCUUAAGUAUCAAAGUUGAGUCUUUAUGUAAUAUUAGUGAAGUGGCGUCUUUGUCUCGUGUUGAGCUCUCAAGCGUGACAGAGAAGCUGGUGCUCUCCUCUCAGCACGAUGACUUGUUGUUGCUCGCCCGGGAGAAAUGCUUCAUCGUGUGUUUCUUUCUGUCUCCUUCUCUGCUGUCCUAACCAUGCACUGCC